AUGUCGGACAGCGGGAAGCGGGAACUGAGCGAGGCCAGUCGUCGUCCGACAAUCCGGGACGGCACGACUGCGAAUGCCGUCAACGAAACAGACGGGAACCUGUCAGAUGACACGUCCAACGGCGGGUACUGGGGAGAUACGUACGCCGAUGGCCCCGUCAGUCAACGUGCUGCCCGAGAAGACUUCCGAGAGCUGCAGCACGAGCUGACCCGGCGAAGCACCAAUGCCUCGGCGGCCCGCGGGAGGUCUGGAGGCGGUCUCCUGGGGAGAAUGUUCUCUGCCAAGAGCGGCCCUGGCGAGCAAGAGAAGCACGCUUCCCCCGAGCGAGAGCUAGACUCGGCGGGCAGUGAGCGCACGGCACACGCAGACGGGUUCGAGCUCGAGCAGUUCAUCCGCGACGGCCACCUGGAGAAGCGGAACCCCGAGAACGGCGAGUCGACCAAGAAGGUCGGCGUCUUGUUCAAGAACUUGACGGUCAAGGGCGUGGGUGCUACUUCAACGGCGGUCCGGACUCUCCCCCGGGCCGUUGCUGGCACAUUCGGCCCGGACCUGUACAACCUCGUGUGCAGCUGGGUUCCCGCGCUCAACUUCGGCCGCCCGGCGAGAGCCCAAGAGCGAGAGCUGAUUCGCGACUUCACCGGCGUGGUUCGGCCGGGCGAGAUGAUGCUCGUGCUGGGCCGGCCGGGCGCUGGGUAUAGCACGUUUCUCAAGGUCAUCGCCAAUAACCGCGUCUCGUACCAGUCCGUGGAGGGACAGGUCCUUUACGGGGGCAUCCCGUCGUCGAGGAUGGACAGGAGGUUCCGCGGCGAGGCCGUCUACAACGCAGAGGACGAUGAGCACUUGCCCAGCCUUACCGUAGGGCAGACACUCAAGUUUUCGCUGCUGAACAAGACCAAGAAGCACGAGCGCGGCAGCAUCGACGUCAUUGUCGACUCGUUCCUCAACAUGUUCGCCAUGUCCCACACCAAGCACACGCUGGUUGGAGACGCCUUCGUCCGUGGCAUAUCCGGGGGCGAGCGGAAGCGCGUCAGCAUCGCCGAAACGCUGGCCACCAAGAGCACCGUGACCUGCUGGGACAACUCGACGCGCGGCCUAGAUGCUUCCACGGCCUUCAACUACGCCAAGUCGCUGCGUAUCAUGACGGACGUCUCCGACCGCACCACCCUGACGACGCUGUACCAGGCUGGCGAAGGCAUAUACGGCCUCAUGGACAAGGUCCUCGUCAUCGACCAGGGACGCAUGCUCUACCAGGGCCCGGCCAAGGAGGCAAAGCAGUACUUUGUUGAUCUCGGGUUCCACUGCCCGCCGCGCCAGACCACGGCGGACUUUCUCACAUCUGUCUGCGACGUCAACGCCCGCCAGUUCCGCCAAGGUUUCGAGGACCGCUGCCCCAAGACGGCCGAGGAGCUCGAAAGGGCUUUCCGCCAGAGCCGCGCGUACCAGGCCGUGCUCGACGACGUCGACGGUUUCGAGACGCACAUCCACGACACGGGUCAGUCCGACGCCCAGACGUUUGUCGACUCUGUCCGGGACGCCAAGUCCAAGACGGUCAUGAGGCAGUCCGUCUACACCGUCAGUCUCUGGAAACAAGUCCUGGCGUGCACCCGUCGAGAAUUCUGGCUCAUCUGGGGCGACAAGACGUCGCUUUACACCAAGUUCUUCGUCAUCGUCAGCAACGGCCUCAUCGUCGGCUCUCUCUUCUACGACACGCCUGCCAACACGAGCGGCGCCUUCUUGCGCGGCGGCGCUGCCUUCUUCUCCAUCCUGUUCCUCGGCUGGCUCCAGCUGUCGGAGCUCAUGAAGGCCGUGUCUGGACGAGCCGUCAUCCGUCGUCACGGCGAGUAUGCCUUCUACAGACCCAGCGCUGUCAGUCUGGCCCGCGUCCUGGCUGACCUGCCCAUCCUUGUCGUCGAGGUUGUCAUCUUCGCCUUGAUCAUGUACUUCAUGACGGGGCUGGACGUGACGGCCGGCAAGUUCUUCAUCUUCAUGCUCUUCGUCUACAUCACCACCAUUUGCCUGACGGCCCUGUACCGAAUGUUCGCCGCCGUGUCGCCGACCAUGGACGACGCGGUGCGCUUUUCGGGCAUUGCGCUCAACCUUCUCAUCGUCUAUACUGGCUACGUGAUCGGGAAGCCGGUGCUGCUCAACCAAAAGAUCUGGUUCGGCUGGCUGUACUACCUCAACCCCAUCAGCUACGCCUUCGAGGCCGUCCUCACCAACGAGUUUGCCGGAAGGACCAUGGACUGCGCGCCCUCGCAGCUCGUGCCCCAAGGCCCGGGCAUCCGACCCGAAAACCAGGGCUGUGCCCUUUCCGGGUCGCAUCCGGGAACGCCCCGGGUUGCGGGAUCCGACUACUUGUCGUCGCAGUUUGAAUACAGCCGGUCAAACCUGUGGCGAAACUUUGGCAUCCUGAUUGCCUUUACGGCGGGAUACAUCGCCCUGACGGUUCUCGCCACGGAAAAGGUUUCAUUCGGCGGCUCGGGUGUCGGCGCCCUCGUGUUCAAGUCGUCCAAGAAGCCCAAGCAAGCGGCGCGGACGCAGAACAAGGCUGACGAGGAGCAUCCCGAAGCCGCCCAUGUGACGGCCGCCGCGGUGGCCCGCCAGCGAACGCCCGACGACGUCUUGGAGGCCUUCAACCGCAGCGAGCAGGUGUUUACGUGGGAAAACAUCAGCUACACCGUGCCGACGGCGCAGGGCCCCAGGAGGCUGCUCAACGACAUCAACGGCUACGCCAAGCCGGGCGUGCUGGUUGCCCUGAUGGGCGCCAGCGGCGCCGGCAAGACGACGCUGCUCAACACGCUGUCUCAACGCCAGACGGUCGGCAUCGUCGAGGGGGACAUGCUCGUCGACGGCUCCGCUCUCUCGUCCGACUUCCAGCGACGGACCGGCUAUGUCGAGCAGAUGGAUUUGCACGAAGGGUCGGCGACUGUGCGCGAGGCCCUCGAGUUCUCGGCCCUCCUCCGACAGAGCCGCCGGGUCCCGCGGCAGGAAAAGCUCGAGUACGUCGACCAGAUCAUCGACCUCUUGGAGCUGCACGAGAUCCAGGACGCCGUGGUCUCCUCCCUGGGGGUCGAGCCCAAGAAGCGACUGACCAUUGGCGUGGAACUGGCGGCCAAGCCCUCUCUUCUGCUCUUCCUCGACGAGCCCACCAGCGGCCUCGACUCGCAAGCGGCCUUUUCCAUCGUCCGCUUCCUCCGGAAACUCUGUGCCGCGGGCCAGGCCGUCGUGUGCACGAUCCACCAGCCCUCGUCCGAGCUCAUCGAGCACUUUGACCAGAUUCUCGCGCUCAACCCCGGCGGCAACGUCUUCUACUCGGGCCCCGUGGGCCACAACGGCCAAGCGGUCGUCGACUACUUUGACGCCCGCGGCGCCCACUGCCCCGAGGGCAAGAACAUUGCCGAGUUCCUCAUCGAGACCGGGGCCCGCGAGGACGCCCGCCAGCACUGGAACGAGCAGUGGCGCCGGUCCGGGGAGAACAAGGCCCUCCUGGAGGAGAUCCAGCAGAUCAAGCAGCAGAGGAGGCAGGCGGCCCCGUCGCACGAGGUCCUCCUGUCGCACGAGUUCGCCGCCCCGGUGUGGGAGCAGACCAAGCAGCUGUGCAAGCGCAUGUUCGUCAACCAGUGGCGCCAGCCGUCGUACGUGUACGGCAAGCUCUUCACGGCCGUCAUUGUCGGCGUCUUCAACGGCUUCACCUUCUGGCAGCUCGGCGACACGGUCAACGACAUGCAGAGCCGCAUGUUCACCUCGUUCCUCAUCCUGCUCAUCCCGCCGACGGUGCUCAACGCCGUCCUGCCCAAGUUCUACAUGGACCGCGCGCUCUGGGAGGCCCGCGAGUACCCCAGCCGCAUCUACGGCUGGGUGGCAUUCUGCUCCGCCUCGGUCCUCUCCGAGGUGCCGGGCUCCCUCCUCGCCGGCGUCAUCUACUGGGCCCUGUGGUACUGGCCCUCGGGGCUGCCCACGGCCUCCCCGGCCUCGGGCUACGUGUUCCUCAUGACGGUCCUCUUCUUCCUCUUCCAGUCCAGCUGGGGCCAGUGGAUCUGCGCCUGGGCGCCGAGCUUCACCGUCAUCAGCAACGUCCUGCCCUUCUUUCUCGUCAUCUUCUCCCUGUUCAACGGCGUCGUCGUGCCCUACGCCCAGCUCAACGUCUUUUGGAAGUACUGGCUUUACUACUUGAACCCCAGCACGUACUGGAUCGGCGGCGUCCUCGCCGCCACCCUGGCCGACCAGCCCGUCCGGUGCGCCGCCAACGAGGCCGCGUACUUUGAACCCCCGCCGGGCCGGACCUGCGCCGGCUUCGCGGCCGGCUUCGUGAGGACCGUCGGCCGCGGAUACCUCGGCAACCCGGAGGACACGCAAAAUUGCAGCUACUGCCCGUAUGCUGGGGGUGCCGAGUACCUGCGGUCGCUGAGCAUCGAGCCCGGCCAGAAAUGGAGGGACCUGGGCAUCUUUGCAGCCUUCUGCGUCUCCAACUGGGUGCUUGUUUACGUCUUUAUUUACACUGUUAGGGUGCGGCGGUGGCGCUUCGGGCUGGGAUACCUCUCUCGUUUUCUGUAG